UGAAAUCAAACACUUUUUUCGAGGCAAAAAAAUUGCUUCUUAUAACAAAAACAAGAAAAACUGUUUCUGCUGUUUCGUGUCUAGACAAAAUCAAACGCCCUUGGUUUGUAAAUCGUUGAUUCUGUGUCUUUCUUCUUCGUUGGGCAGAAAACUUCGAAUUUCUGUUGGGUUUUCGAUUCAGUGUGAGCAGAAGGUAAAAUGAGCACGGAGGCACCACCGGUGACAGUUCGUCCGAAGCUGGUGACAUUGAAUAAGGCAUUUCAAUUAGCUGAGUCAUGGGUUAAUGACAUGAAUGGAUCAGCAGCUGAAGAUUCAACUGAAGUAGAAUUUGAGGGCCGGCCCUUAAGGCUAGGACUUGGGGCAAAAGUAAUACAUCAGUCGAAACGCAGAGCUUUAACUGAUCCUGUUGAAAGAAAAUUACGUGCCAAGUUGGAUGCUGGAAAAAGAAAAGCUGCCCAAAGCAUAGAAGAAUCCAAUCCAUCUGAGCAAAACGAUAUACUUGGAGAGGAUGAUAGUGAAGAUGAGGUUUCAGAGAGCAGAACCAAUGCCUUUCUGAAGAAGAGAUGGACCCUCCCUGCCUCCUCUUUGCAUGGCAAAAAGAAACAUAAGUAACCAACUGUUACUUCCUGAUUUUGGGAAGUGGUUCUCUGUUUGGGAGCAUGUCCUACGCUAGCUCCAUAUGUGUAUCUCUCUCCUCCCCAAACCAAGUGGCAGAGAUGUCUUUUUCACAUGGGAGGAGCGAGAGAGAGAGAGAGAUGGGAGUAGGAUACAUUCCCAGACAUAGUUCUUUUUCCCAUAUUUUUUUUUAGUAACAGGGGAAUGAGCCAAACAAAUGGAACUAAUGGCAAAUGGAUUGACUAAAUGAGGAAUGAGUUAGGUUACAUAGUUCUUUUUCCCAUUUUUUUUUUAAGUAACAGGGGAAUGAGCCAAACAAAUGGAACUAAUGGCAAAUGGAUUGACUAAAUGAGGAAUGAGUUAGGUUAUUUAGCUGAGAGUUACCUCUUUGCAGGGGAGCAUAUAAUGACAACUUGCAGAAGCUCUGGAAGAAGUUUGAAGGUCC